AUGACAACAACACUUAUUUUUGACAUAAAUCAAUUACCAACUGAUGUAUUAACCUUUACUGAUGCCAGAUUUUAUGAUUUUGUCAAAGAAAUAUUAGGUGAAACAGAAGCUGACUUAUUGAAAAUGCAAGCAAUUAAUAACGUACCAUCCUUUUUACUAACUGAUGAUAUUUGUGGUGUAUUAGAACUGGAUAUUGAUUCACAAGAAUUAGAUGAUUUAAGAAAAAAAAUAUCAUUUCGUUUAAAAGAUGGUACAGUUAUUGUCAAAGCUGGUGUUAAAAGUGGUGAUCAUAAAGAAUUUAUAUCAAAUUCAAUAAAAAAAUGGGUAACAGAUAGUAAAGAAAAUUUAAAUUUUGAUGAACUUGAAUUAAAACCAGACAUUGAUUAUAUGUUAAAUUUAACAGAUAAUAGUAAUGUUAUUGAAGGUUUAAUAUCAUGUAAAUGUGGUGUUGAAAUAAAAUUAAUAAAAAAAAAGGAAGAUAAUCAACAAAAACAAUUAUCAAAUAAUAAUAAUAAUACAAUAUUACCAACAACAAAAAGAGGUUUGAAACGUAACUCGCUGGCUUUAACAACAACAAGUUCACAACAAUCAUCAACAAAAAGAAGGAGAAAAUAA